ACUUUUUUUCCCGUUUCUUUUGUUGAUGGGCCAAAAUAUCAACAGUUGGGCUAACUAGAACAAUUUGAAUAAACUAAGACAGAAUUUGACAGAAGUCAUAAGUUACGUGUGUAAGAUGGCUUGCUGUUGAUCCAGUACCGAAGAUAUUUUCAUUCAAAAUCUUCAUGCAAUCUUCCUUGCCUCUGUAUCAGAAACCCUCAAACUUACCAGCAGAAUCGGUGGCUGAGUGAAGCCAUUCACCACCAGUGCUGCAUCCAACCAGUCAGCCCCAAAGGACAGGGUAACAGCGAUGGCCACCGGGGGCACGGGCGAGUCACUGCUGGACAGCCUCGAGAACCUGCCGCAGGAGCUGAAGCACAACUUCGCCAUGAUCCGCGACCGCAACACCAAGUGCGACGCGCUGCAGCGUCUGAUUGACGAGAAGUCGGACCGGUACCUGGCCUCGCUGCCGGAUCCGUCGGCGCCGCCGCCCGACGGGCUGCUCAAGAUGUACGAGAAACUCCGCAAACACGGCGAGAACAACGUGGCGCUCGCCACCAAGACGUACGAGCUGGUGGACCGCUACAUCCAGAAACUGGACGUGGAUCUGGCCGCCUUCGAGGAGCAGAUCCAGGCGGGCAGUCACAGCGCGCGCGCCGCCGAGCCGCCCGCCCGGCGGCCCGCCAAAAAGAAGGCCAGCAGCAAGAAGUCUCGGAAGGCGGCCGAGGAGGACCCGAUCUACUCGAAGGCCAUCAAGAGCCCGGUGGAGGUGGAGGCGGCCAUCCGGCAGCUCAUCAACCCCACCCAGCCGGUCUCCACGGACGGACUGGACAUGCCGGUCGACCCCAACGAGCCCACCUACUGCCUCUGUAACCAGGUGUCGUACGGCGACAUGGUGGGCUGCGACAACCCCGACUGUCCGAUCGAGUGGUUCCACUUCUCCUGUGUCGGCCUCACCUCCAGCCCCCGCGGAAAGUGGUUCUGCCCGCGCUGCAUCAAGGACAAGAAAAAGUAGACGCCGCCGUCAGAGACGGAGGGUGCUCCGCGGCCAGCGUCACAACGCUGGAUCGGACAAACUACGGCCGACCGCGCGGCGUUUCAGGGCGUGACUGUUGUGUAACGGAGGCGUGUUAAGUGUAUUGUAUAUGUUCACGGCACGGAGCGUCCGUAAGCUGUUUGACCAAUGACGACGAGUCAGGUCCAGAGGUGCAUUGGUUGAAGAGUCGAGGAAUGGUGAUCCCACCCAGAAUUAUCGUACAAUGGUUUAUAACUCAAACUGGUUUAAAGACAAAGUGUGGGCUGCGGUGGUGUGUAUUAUUUUUUACCUCUCUUAGCUAGAAUACUUCGCGUCCUGUAAAAAAAUCAAACGGUGCUAGUUCAGGAAACAAUGGCACUGUACGAUUUGGGUUUUAAUCAAAUUUAACCCUCGCCGGACCUAUUGGUUUUCUACAUACGCGCCGGCCGAG